GAGAGGGGUAACAUGUAACAAUGUCACCUUCAAUGUCAUUGCACUGUUUAAAUCUUGAUGGGGAAAUCUCACCUGCGAUUGGCGACCUUAAAAGUCUGCUCUCUAUUGAUAUGAGAGGAAAUCACCUCUCAGGACAGAUCCCUGAUGAAAUUGGUGACUGCUCUUCUUUGAAAAGCUUGGACCUAUCAUUCAAUGAGUUAUAUGGGGACAUAUCGUUUUCAGUUUCAAAGUUGAAACAACUAGAACACCUAUAA